AUGGUUCAUGUCGCCAAAAAAUGUGUUAUCUGUGCACGUCUUACAAGUGACUUCAGUUAUGGAGUUGACUGUUGCAGUGCUUGUAAGAUGUUCUUCCGUCGUCAUGUGGUUAAAGAAGCGCUAUUGAAACCUUGUUUGUCCGGGAAUCAAGCUUGUCCGAAAGAUUUUCUCGCCGGUUGUCAAUUCUGUCGCUUUCACAAAUGCCUUCAAUCUGGAAUGACUUUGGAACCCCUGGUUCCAAAACUGCCACUCGAAGAACUUUUCGAAAAACUUUCUGAUUUUGAUCGGCAUCGAAACCGUAUUCUUUCAGACUAUCAUCCUUUAGAUCCAGAUUUGAAUGUAUCAACAAUAUUAUUCUUUAAAAAAUUAAAAUACCAACAAAGAAACGAUUUGGUUCCAAUGAAAUUCAGUUCUUGGAUCUAUAUCAGUUCAAUAGCCACUAUAGAGUUUAUGAAAAAGCUUCCCUUCAUUUAUCUGGCCAAUUCUUCAGACCAAUUGAUUCUGGUAAAAUCCUCUUUUAUCAAAGUCUCAAGCUUUUCGGCUGCAUCUCGAGCUUAUUUUUCUAAUCAGCAUGCUUUAUCCUUUCCUGAUGGUUCCGAUGUUCUUCCCUUUACUCCUGAUGUGAAGGGUCUAGAAGAAAUCGGGAAUCGAAUCCGAACACGGUUGGUCUCCAAAUUUAUUGAGCUCCAGUUGAGCAAAGAGGAGUUCUUGCUAGUUUUGAUAUUGAUCUUUUGCAAUCCAGCACUACUCGAUUUAUCUGAAACUGGGCAGAUUUUGGUGUCCACCUAUCAGAGUGUUUAUAGCAAUGCACUUUUCGAAUAUUGUAUGGAAACAUAUGAGAAACUUGGACCUUGUAGAUAUACGGAAUUGUUAUCGCUUAUCACUUUGGCUGAAAAACAUUUGGAAGAUGUCAAUAAUUAUUUUGUGAUUCUUCAACUUCAUGGCAUGGAUUUUUUGAUACCGGCUGUAGUCAAAGAGGGCAUAAAUUUGAUUUGA